AUGAAACUUUUAAUAGUUUUAAUAUUAAUAAUUUCAUUAUUUUUUAAUAAUAUUAAUUGUAAUUUAUUAGGAAAAUCAUUAUCAAAAUCAAAUCAAGUUGCCCCAUUAAUAUCAAGUGUUUUUACAUUAUUAAUUACAAAUGAUGGCGAUAUCGAUUAUUUAAAUGUUUAUAUUAAUGGUAAUUUUACAAAUGAAAAUACUGGUGGUGGUAAUGGUAAAAAGAAUGAAAAUAUGAUAAUCAAUUUCAAUGGUAAUGAAAUCAAGGAUUAUAAAUAUCAACAUGAUGCUAAAAAUGGUUCAAUCAGUACAGAUUUAAUUUUAUUUAGUUUAUAUGGUGAUAAUAUUAAAUCUGGUAAUGUUUCAAUCACCUAUGGUAAUGGUUUAAAGAGUAAUGAAAUGUCAUUCCAAUUGAAAUCAUUUGUAUCUAGAAUUAAAAAACCAAAUACAACUGGUGGUUUAUUAGAAUUAAUUGGUAAUUUUUAUUUUUUAAAUGAUUCAAGUAGAGUUAAUUCUAAAGUUUUCAUUACCACUUCAAAACAACAACAACAACACCAACAACAAGAAAAAAAAGAAGAAUGUCAAAUUAUAUCAAUUGAUAAUUCAAAAAUUAAAUGCUUUAUUGAUUCAAAUUUAAAUAAAAUUAGUAAUUUUGGUGAAAAAUUUCAAAUUAAAAUAAGUAAUAUUUAUAAUUUUCAAAAUGAAUCAUCAUUAGAAUUUAGUUUUGCACCAAUUUCAAUUGAUUCAGUUUAUGGUAUUGAUAGAAUUAAUCAAUGUCAAAUAACUAUCAUUGGUAAAAACUUUGAUAAUAAACUAACUGAUGGUUCAAUUGAUCAAUUAUCAAUUAACAUUAAACAAAGUGAUAAUUCCUUUAGAAAUUGUUCAAAACCAAUUUUAUCAACAAACUCUGUUUUAAUUUGUAAUUUAGAUAAAUCAUCAAAUUAUAAACAACCAACAAUUAUUGGUGAUGAAAUUUUCAUUAAUGGCAAAUCAUUAUUCUAUAUUGAUAUUAUUAAUCAAGAUUCAAAGAAAAACAACAACAAUGAUAAUAGUGAUCAAGUAAACAAUGAUGAAAGUAGGAAAACAAGUGAUGAAAUUCAUAAAUUAAUUUUAACUGUUAUCGUUUUAUCUUCAAUUUUAAUUUUCAUUUUCAUCGUUGUUUUAAUUGUUUUAAUUUUUAGAAAAACUUAUCCAAAUGAUUCAAAUAAUAGAGAUUACUUUAAAUUAAUGUAUUGUUCAAAUGAAUUAGAUGAAACAACUUUUAAUUAA